AUGAAGAUUUUUUUCUUUUGUUUUAUUUUUUUAAUUUUAUUUAUUACAAUAAAAAGUGAUGAUAAAAUAACAUAUAUAUGUGAUAGAAAAUCUUCAUGUGGAUGUUCAUCAAAUCUAGCUAUUCUUGCACGUAUAUUUGGUGGUGAAGAAGUGUCAACAUAUUCAUGGGGUUGGAUUGUAAGUUUAUAUCUUUCAAAUAAAUAUUUUUGUUCUGGUUCAUUAAUUUCAUCGAAUUUAAUUUUAACUGCUGCACAUUGCAUUAUAUAUGAAUUAUCAAAAUUAUCACAAAUUACAGCAAUUGCUGGAAGUAAUAGACUUUCAAAUCGUGAUGGUCAAGGACAAUUACGCCAUGUUUAUGAAGUUUUUAUUCAUCCAGAUUAUGACAAUAAAUUAAAAGUUAAUGAUAUUGCUAUUAUUCGUUUAUCAAGACCAUUUGAUAUGUCAAGUUCAAGAUUAUCUAUCGUAUGUUUACCUAAUAUCGUUACAGCUGAAUCAAUAGCUAAAUUAGAAUAUCCAAUACCAGGUACUAAUCUUGUUCUCAUUGGAUGGGGUAGAACUGAAAAUAGUCAAACGAAUCCAUCAACAACUCUACAACAAGUUACAGUCAAAGCAGUAGCAAGUACAUCAAGCGAUUGUAUGACUUCUGCUCAUGAAAUGGUUGAUAUUACUGUACAUUUUUGUGCUGGAGUGCCAGGCGGUGGAAAAGAUGCAUGUCAAGGUGAUAGUGGAGGUCCAAUAAUGGCUUUUGUUAAUGAUCGUUGGCAAAUUGUAGGUAUAACAUCGAAUGGUUAUGAAUGUGCUUUACCGGGUCAUUCAGGGAUUUAUACACGUGUUGCCUAUUAUAUUCCAUUUAUUGAGACAAUUAAAGAUCAAAAUCAAACACUAUAUUCAUCAGUAACUGCAAGUACAUCUAAUGGUUUUAAUAGAUGGCAAAUGCAAGUGAUAAAAAAUAUUGUUUUUAUUAUUUUAUUAUUAAUUGUCAGCAAUGUUUAA